AUGUCGCUCGCAAAGCUAACACUACGGCCUCCUCCGAAUAUUGACUUCGUCCAGGGCUACCCCGGCAUCCCACCUGGCGGCGCUGACCGUCCACAGGCUGCAGUCAAGGGCGCGAUUGAGGUCCGCGUCGGUGGCCAGGGAGUGAAGGCCAAGUGGGUCCGCAUCGAGCUCAAGAAGGUCGAGGUGCUGCCCGGCGGGAACACAUUCUACGACUAUGUCGGCCAGAGCCCCAUCAACGUAUGGCAAGCAAGCGAAGAGUACGGCACGUUGCAUACGCAAGACUUUCCUUUCUACAUCCGGAUACCAGAAUCUAUACCCCCCAGUAUCGCGCUUGAAAAAGGCGCUGGCAUAAGGUACGAACUGAUUGCAGCAGUGUGUUUGAAGGGCAAGAGGGGCCUGCUGCGGCGCGACAAGCCGACGAUCACGACUGCUUCAUCGACGAUCAUUAUUGACAAGCAUGAAUUGCAUUCGACAUGGCCCAUCUACCAGCAACCAGAGACACGCAACCAUACGCAAGGCGACGUGACUCUCAUCGUGGAGCGCACUCGUACGUGUUUUGGUCCUGGCGACCGUGUCACAGUCAGUGCGACCGUAAAAGCGGACAACAUGUACAAGGACACUCUUCGGGGCUUCGAAUUCACACUCCGAGAGACGACUGUCUUUCGCGGAGGCCCGCAGAGCACUGGCAAGAAGGGUGCGCCAGUCAUCAAGGUAGUGCACAUUGCGGAGCAGAGGGUACCUCUGAAUGCUGCGCUCUUUGGCGGGAUGCAGCACAAGGCGGACCUAUUCGUCACGAUCCCCACCCAGCACACGUCCACAACUCUCAACACCGCGAGGCACAUCGACAUUACCUAUCACCUUGUCGUGAAAGCUCUCAUGGCUACUACGUCGCACGUCUCACUUGACCUCCCGAUAGUCGUGUCGAACUGGCCAAAACCUGUAUCGAUUGAGGCCAUGAGGCGUAUCGGCCUAGCGCCCAAUGUCUCCUCUCCCCAUGGCAAUCCCAGCUCUGUCCCCUCGACGACCUCAUCCUCGUCCUCGCCACCACUCAUCGGCCAGCCCAUCAUGAAGAACCAGGGGCGGCCGUCUACCGCCCAGAGUGCCAACUCCCAAGUCGACGUCGUCAUCGGACGUCCGUCCGUCGGGCAGUACAACACCGCGCCGGCAGAGCGGUCGAACGGGACUGCGGGUGCCGGCAAGCCCGACGAGUUUGGUGUCAAAGCCAAAGCGAUGAAUGACCAGGAGUCGAGCGUCAGCCCGCCGGAACGUUCUGGGACGCAUGCCGCACAGACGAUUGGGGGCACGCCGGGCCUGGGCGCCUCGAGCUCGGGGUCGGGCCCAGGGAGGAUUGCGCCGUAUGCGAGCGAUACGACUGCCUUCGUGCGUCCGCGUGCCGGCAGCGCGAGGGUGACCAGUCAGAGAUUGACUGUGACGAAUCUGAAUGAGGCGGAGCUCGCAGAGCAUAGGGCGGCGGAGAGGGCUGCUAAUGCUAGUCGCGCUCAGGGCAGUGGGUCCAGCGGUUCUCGUCCGUCGACUGCACCGACGCAGAAUGCAUCGCGCCGAUGGAUGACUGCCGAGGAGGAAAAGACAAAGCUGUACAAGACGGCUGUCGCGAACGUCGAGAGGGUCCAGGGCGUGCCCGUGCCUCGUCCACUCAGUCCUGUCGGACAGUCAUCAGCGCCGUCUACGCCUCCGCCUGAUGCUGUCAGCAUGCCAGUCCCGGCUCCCGCAACUCAGAGGCCCAAUAAACGAUGGCUCACGGCCGAGGAAGAGAAGGCCAGGCUCUUCGAGAGUGCGCAAGCAGCUGUCGCCCGCGCCCAGGGUCUCGAUGGCUCCAUCACAAGCUCACCGCCAGAAUCUCUCCACGGCAGGAGCGACUCAAUUACCUCCAACUCACCCAUGUCUUCGCAGCAGGCGAGAGCCCAAGAGCCCACGGCGGGCCCUGCGCCUCGCACGCCUCCGCCGGCACAAGGCAGCUCAGGAGGAUACCGUUCCUCGCCGCAGACGCCUCCGUCUGCUCGCGGCCGCAUGCCUACCUAUCUAACCGCAGACGAGGAAAAGGCCGCCAUGCGCCGCUUCUACGAGGCCAAAGCUGCCGUAGACCGCACGCAGGAGGUAGCGUUCGGCGUAUCACCUUCGACACCUGCAUCCGGGCCGAUGCCCUACGACGCUCUCUAUCCUUCAAAGCCAGCGUCUCCACCGACGGUCGGUGGCUCACCCCCUCCUUUUGCUUCAUCUGCUUCAUCUUCACAACCUGCUUAUUUAUCGGAGAAAGAACGACUGCGACGCGACUACGAAGCUCGAGAUGCAGCGGCGAUGGCGUCCCCACCGCCUGCACCCCCACCACACAGCAUGCCCCCUCCAAUGAGUGCGGUAGGGUCUCCUGCGUACCAGCCCCCGGCACCCGUGACGACCAUUCCACCGCCUGCUGCAGCGAUGUCGAGCGCCGCUGCUGAAAAGGAAAUGUUGCGGCGCAGGUUUGAGGCUCAGGAUACAGCCGUGUAUGGGUCUAACGGACCACCCGCACCACCACCACGCUCCGGUUCAUUCAGUGCUAGUUCACGAGCCUUGCCAGCCUCAUCUCGGUCGCCUCCUGUUCCGCCCGUCAGUGCAGGCUCUCGUCCGCUGACCGCAGCAGAAGAGAAGGCCCGCCUCAAGGCGAUGUACGAAGCCGAGGAUCGUGUAGCGAAGCCUCCGAACGGCGUAAUCUCACAUCCUGCUUCCUCUGUGACCCCUCUGGCCAACGGCGCGGCACACUAUGCAGCACCAGUCGCUCCGCCACCACCACCGCCUCUAGCCCCAAAACCGCCAAAGGAAUACAUACAGGAAACCCAAGAGGAAGAUAUGCGUACACACGCCCGGCUACAAGCUAUCGACAAAGAAAUAUCCGCGACCGCACCUCUGAAAACUGAAGUCAUCCUGUCCUCCUUCAGCGCCGAUCUAGUUGACGCGAGUGGGAACCCGAUGCCGCCGCCUGGUCCGCCUCCGCCAAUUGCUCAGCCCACGAGCAUGCCUGUCGAAAUCGAGUAA